AUGUCACCCAUCCAGACGCUGGUCGUCAAAGCAUCUCAAACGUACUCUUCUUCAGGCUUUCGUCGACUCGCAAUGCUGUAUUCAAUUGCGCCCUUGUUUGCGACCCUCAUGCUCGUUGCCCGUGACAUCCACGCUUUAGGAGGGCUGGGGGUUGACCGUGCAGCAGCACUGAAGAGCAAGGGCAAAGCUCUCGUCGGUGCAGGCAAUACAGACGAGCUUCGAGUGCAUUUCUUCCGUCAUCAACAAACACACGCAAACGUAUUAAAGCUUUCGCAAGGCGUGCAUGAGCACGAAGGAUUGACUAUCCUUACGGACAAGGGAAGGGAAGACGCUCGCAAGCUUGGGCACCAUCUCAGCACCCAAGGCCAAUUCAAGACGAUCUAUCACUCGCCUAUGCUCAGGGCUAAGCAGACCGCGGAGGAAAUGCAGGGAGCUAUGGCGGAGCACGGCCAGCACGUCAAAUUGGUCCCACUAGAACAGAUACGAACUCUUGACCGCGGCAAGGGAGAGGGCCUGCCGUUGAAACAGCUCACAGAGGAUGCGAAAGCAGGGAAGGUUCACGAAGGACGAGAAACGCAUGAGGCUCAAGUCCUUCGAUUGCAUCAAGGUCUGCACCAUAUCAUCAAGGCGUCCCAAGGCGAGAAAAAUACUGCCUUCAUCGGGCACUAUCACUCGGUUUCUUCCACUCUCGCCGAUGUCUUUGCCAAAGGUGGCGCCAGGAAGCCAUCUUACAUCCCUCCAGAACUGAAAGAUGCGCAGCUGAAGGACAAAGUGUGGAUCAAGAACGGCUCGCACAGCGUCGUUUCAAUCAAGCCCAGCAAAGUAGCCGACCAGCUUGACAAAGAUGGCAAGAUGGUCUUUGAUCCGGAAACCACACGGAUCGAGAAGUGGGGCGAGCUGCUACAGCCGGACGGCAAACUCGCGCAUCCACAGAUCAAGCCUUAUAAAUGA